AUGUUUGGACUAAAUAAGCUUAUAACGACGACGAUUGUAUUGUACACUGCAACUGUGUACUCCAUUGAAUUGGAUAUUAAUAGCAAGGACUCUAUUUGUGCAGCUGCGAAAAUCGUGUCUGAUGGUAUGUGGAACUACUAUGAAGGUUUUAGAGUCGGAGGUACUAUUGGUAUGUUUGCGUCUCCCAACUAUUGGUGGAAUGCAGGCGAAGCCUUUGGUGGGUUUGUAGAUUAUUUUUCAUACUGCGAUUCAGACAAUUCAACUUUGGAAAAAUGGAUUUAUGAGGGAAUGUACCAUCAAGCAGGUGACAACUACAAUUAUAUUCCUUCAAAUCAGUCAACAACUGAAGGUAAUGAUGAUCAAGGUGUUUGGGGAAUGGCAAUCAUGGAGGCUGUUGAGAGAAAUUUUACAAACCCUGAACUGCAUUCGUGGCUAGAAAUGGCACAAGCAAUCUUCAACACAAUGGAUGCAAGAUGGGAUACAGAACAUUGUGGAGGUGGAUUGAGAUGGCAAAUUUUUACUUGGAAUUCGGGUUACAAUUAUAAAAAUACAAUCUCAAAUGGUUGUCUUUUCCACAUUGCCGCAAGAUUGGCUAGGUAUACAGGAAACGAGUCAGCAUAUCUCCCCACCGCAGAGCGAGUGUGGGAUUGGAUGGAGGAGGUCAAUUUCUUGACUGAGGAAACAAACGGAAAAUUGCGUAUAUAUGAUGGUGCAAAUAUCGAAGAGAAUUGUACAGACGUAACAGACUUGAGAUGGUCUUAUACCUAUGGAGUAUUCAUGACUGGUUGUGCAUACUUGUACAAUGUUACGGGAGAUGAAACGUGGAAGUUUCGCACUCAAGAAAUUGUUGAAGCAUCAACGGCUUAUUUUUUCAACUCGACCAACCAGGUAAUGCAGGAAACCACAUGUCUACCUAGUAAAAGGUGCAACAAUGAUCAAAGGUCUUUCCGUAGUUUAUUUUCACGUUGUCUCGGAUUGACUAUGGUGAUUAUACCCGACUUUGAAGAUAUGAUUAGACCUUAUUUGGAAACAAGUGCAGCAGCAGCAGCACAAUCGUGCUCAGGAGGUCUGGAUGGCGUCACGUGUGGAGAAAAUUGGUCAGUUAGUGGUUGGGAUGGUGUUUACGGAUUAGGUGAACAGAUGUCGGCCUUGGAAGUGAUCUUGUCUCUUAUUGCCGAGAAGCCAAUAAGUGUUGAAACAGGGGGAACAAACAGAACCAAUUAUGCAGCAGGUACUGACACUGAAGAUACCACAAACAAGAAUAAGAUUGAUAUAACUGGUAAAGAUAGAGCAGGUGCGGGUGUCUUGACAGCAGUUGUGUUGGCAGUCUUAUUGGGUGGUGGUAUCUGGAUGGUAUUCUAA